GCAGAAUGUGCUCAUGUAGGUGAAUAGCACAUAGUGAUGAAUUUUGAAUAUCCAACCACGGAGCUCACCUAUAAUAGCAUAUCAUUGAUCCAUCCAACAAUGUUAUCACGGAUAAUAAACAGAUUUAUAUACCACUUUUGCCUUCGCCAGGUUUGCGGCAAAGUUUAUUAAGAAGUGGAUUGUAACUUUUGUUAUUAUUGCUGUCAUCUUUACCGGGCAUCUUCAUAGUCCAAUCAAUGCACAUACAAAGAGAUGUCUAGCUGCAAAAAGAUGGCGAGAGCUGUCGAACCGGGCAAUGGUCGGCGAAAUAUCUUCGUACAAGUCGUUGUCUUCACCGGCAUCGUCAUCGCGCUCGAUCUCGUGUACUCAUCUCAUCAAUCGAGAUUGAUAUCAGUAGAGAAGAAGCCCAAAUACGAUCAGAGAGUGAGAUUAAACGAUGCCACUUCCUUUCGUCCCCUGGGAUGCAGUGAAGUUCACCAUGUAGUCUUUCUUAAAACUCACAAGACGGGUUCUACAACAGUAUCUUCAGUCUUCCAAAGAUUCGGCACGAAGCACAAUCUUACAUUUCUGGUGCCUGAUUACAAACAUAUUCUCAGUGAAACAGAUACCUUCAACACAUCUAAAAUCGGACCACCGACUUCCAAAAGUUGGAAUUUCAGCAUUGGUUACCAAAUGUUUACCAACCAUAUCCGAUACAACCGGUCAGAAAUGGAUAAGGUUCUUCACAAUGCAACAUAUGUGACGAUCCUUAGAAAUCCAGUGGCACAAUUCGAGUCCGGAUUUUAUUAUUUUAAAAUGGAUCGUUUCUUGCCAAAGUCCGAGAAUCCGAUUGAGCUUUUUAUGUCGAAUCCGAUGAAAUAUUACAACUAUGUGCAGCAGAAAUACCCGGGUAUGGAAAAUCGAAUACAUAGCAUGCAGCUUUAUGAUCUUGGGAUGGAUCCUGUGGAUAUGUACCGGAUGGACGUCGUUGAUCAUUAUAUCAAACAGCUGGACAGAGAUUUCAACCUGGUAAUGAUCAACGAGUAUUUUGAUGAGUCUCUCGUGUUACUUCGGAAGUUACUAUGUUGGAAAAUGACUGACAUCACAUAUAUAUCAAAGGGCAUUCGUUCUGCCACCUUCAAACGAAACACGACAGAUGAAUUGCGUUCGAAAAUUCUGCAGUGGAAUACUGGCGAUGCAAAACUCUACAGUUAUUUUAACAAGACAUUUUGGGAGAAAGUUCGAAAUUAUGACGGGGACUUUGAAGCAGAUAUGAAAUUAUUCAAAAAACAUCAGGAGUUCGUGGGUAAAUGUAUUGCUAGAGUUAACGAGAGUAGAAUUAAUGAUAACCGCAUAGUUGCUUUUAUCAUGGUAAAGAACGCGCCAAAAUGGUGUAACGAUUAUGACAUGAGCGAUAUCGAUUCGACGGAAAAGACUUGUGUACGCAUGCACACAAUGGGAAUACCACAAUACCACACCGGUUUCCAUGAACGUUUAAGAAAACAUGUUGCCCAGAAAAAAAGAUUGAUCAGUAGUAGAUUACCAUUAAAACAUCCCGACUCGAAGAUGAAAACGAAGGAUAGGAAUAUAAAAACUAAUUCGAGUAAGUUUUCAAAACAAAAGUCCACUUGAAAGCCAGAUCCUUAAGAACAUCUGACAAACGGUAAAACCAUAAUGGCAAAUCAGACCAUAAGUAUAGAAAAAAGAUAAAUCUGGACUAUUCCCAAGCAAAAUUUGGGAGAAUUUUCUUUUAAAAAGAAAUUUAAGGCCAAUAACCCAUCAAAUGUU